UAUGCGCAUGCGCUGCUAUUGCAGAAUCCAAAAUGGCGGAAUACACUGUGAUUUUAGACUGCGACUAAAUUUGUAAAAAGGACAUUUACAACAACUAAUACUCACGUUAACGUCAUUUGAUAAGAUAAUAGCUGCGUAGAAAUUAAUUCGCCUUCAUAAUGGUAAUUCAAGAGCCCGUUCAGGCGGCCAUCUGGCAGUGUUUAAAUCAUUAUGCCUACGAAGAUGCUACCUUUCUGGCAGAGAGACUGUAUGCUGAAGUUGGGUCAGAUGAGGGUCUAUUCCUCCUUGCCACCUGUUAUUACCGGUCAGGCCAUCCAAUGAGUGCCUAUACCUUGCUACAGACCAAAGGCUGUCCGACUCCAGCUUGCAGAUUCCUCAUGGCCAGAUGCUGCCUGGAUUUAGAGAAGCUAUCUGACUGUGAAACAGCAUUAUCGGGGUCACCAAUAAUGAAGCCUAAUACGUGUGAUGAUGUUGUAUCAUUUUUUAAAGAAUCAGCACCUUAUGCACUCUCAGUACUAGGAAAAUUAUGCAGUGAAACAGAAAGGUUAUCUAAAUCAAUAGAGGCACACAAGCUAGCUCUGAAGCACAACCCUUUCCUGUGGAGUUCCUUUGAGGCAAUCUGUGAUUUAGGUGAGAAGGUCGAUCCCGAAAAGACGUUUCACUUCGUUUCCACACCGACUGUUACAACGACACCCAAUCAGCAAGAUUCCUACCCCAUCUUGGACACAGAGAACAUGGGUGGGACCGGGCACCUCAACACAUCAGCAACUGAAGUACAUGUAACACCAGUACCAUCAGAAACACCUCAGGACCAACUGAUUACCCAUCUCUCUGGUAUCAAGCCUCUACCAUUGACCGCUCCCGAUUUCAAUAGUGACCCUGGUGUUACCCCUGACAGCAUGAUAACACCCUUCACUAUACCCAAUGCACCCCUGUCUUCCAGGCAAUCUCAAGCCAGGAUAAGUAGACUACACCUCUCUUCCACCUCAUCAUCACCAUAUAGUCCUCUUACGCCAAGCUUUGGUGUUUUACCUCUAGAUACACCCAGUCCUACCCCUGCCAAUCAAACAUCAUUUACAGGAGAUAGUAAUCUACCUGAUGCCAAGGCGCCCAUCAGGAGAGUGAUAACGAGAAGAGGCCCACAAGGUAUCAAACCUCCUGUAUUCAGCCAAUCGGGUAACAGCAGUAAUACCAAAGACCCCGCCCUCACCUCACUCCAGCAAAGUCCUGCCCCGGCUGGAUCUGCAGUACAACUACUCUUUCCAUCAGCUCAUGGGGUCAGAAGAAGUUCUCGUCUGUUCAGCAAUGCUAACUCAGUUAAGGAAAAUACAAGUGCAACAACCAAGACCACCGCCAAUAGAACGAAAACGGGUGUUAGUAAAGUGCAGAAGGGAAAGACGAGAGCAAGAACAACAAGAAGUUCAACAAUUACGAAGCCUCCAGAUACAGAUGAUAUAACAAAGCUAGAAAAUCAGAAAUCAAAUGAACUCAAUAAAGCCAAUAAUGCUGCUGCUAAUUUGCAGCUCCAGAUCGCUGACAUGCAGAAGACAUCAGCAGAGGGUCUUCUUCGCUUAUUACGGGACGUUGGCAAAGCAUACCAGGCUCUUAGUCGGUAUGACUUGAAGAAAGCAGUAGAGCUCUUUAAAUCCCUUCCACCUCAACACUACAAUACAGCAUGGGUGCUAUGUCAUGUUGGCAAGGCAUUGUUUGAGAUGGCUCAAUAUCAUAAGGCAGAGGCAAUAUUUUCAGAAGUACGGAAACUAGAACCCCACCAUCUAGGUUAUAUGGAGAUCUACUCAACAACGUUAUGGCACUUACAGAAGGAGACUGCACUGUCUGCCCUUGCACAAGACCUUACCGAUUUCAAUCCAGAGUCUCCUCAGGCCUGGUGUGCAGCUGGUAAUUGCUUCAGUUUACAAAAGGAGCAUGAAUCUGCUAUCAAGUUUUUCCAAAGAGCAAUACAGGUUGAUCCCAAGUUCGCCUAUGCGUACACGUUAUUAGGACAUGAAUAUGUAGCUACAGAGGAGUUGGACAGGGCCAUGGCAUGCUUCAGAAAUGCUAUAAGGAUAAACCCUAGGCAUUAUAAUGCAUGGUAUGGUACUGGUAUGAUAUAUUAUAAGCAGGAGAAGUUUGCCCUUGCUGAGAUGCAUUACUGUAAAGCACUUGCCAUUAAUCCUCAGAGUUCUGUACUACUCGUUCAUAUAAGUGUGGUUCAACAUGCCCUUCACAAGUCUGAACAGGCCCUUGCUACUCUAGCCAAAGCUGUACGCCUUGAUUCAAACAACCCCCUUUGUAGGUUUCAUCGUGCUUCAAUAUUAUUUGCAACUGAGAAAUACCAGGAUGCCUUGAAAGAGCUAGAAGAAAUGAAACAGAUGACUCCAUCAGAAUCAUUAGUCUACUUCCUUAUAGGAAAGGUAUACAAGAAACUAGGUCAAACUCAUCAAGCCUUGGCAAACUUCUCAUGGGCCCUAGACCUAGAUCCUAAAGGAGCCAACAGUCAGAUCAAAGAAGCUCUGGACAAGCAUUACCUUCCUGAGGAUGACGAACCAGCAGUUGCUGCUCUAGCUCAAGCAGACACACCCAGUCAAGGAGGUGUUGAAGAUUCUGAUCCUACAGAAGACACGUCAAGGGAUAGUAUACUGGAUGGAGAGGACAUGCAACUCCAAGCUAAUGAGAGUGAUGAGAGUUUAUGAUCAUCAACAAACAUCUAAAUGCAUGCAUGGGACCCGUGAAAUUGAAUAUUAAUGAGAAUGCCCAACUUUGAAUGGUUUUAUGCAAGGACACAAACUGAUGUAGCAAUGAUUUAUGCAAACACGCCGAUCAUGCAUGAAAAUACCCACAUUUGAAAUGGGACGUGCAAGGCUAAAUUGUCAUGGGAGUCUCUGUGUGAUCCUGCUCAAGCAUUACUCAUGAAAAUAUUAGUCAGAUGGUAAUCCAAACUUUUGAAUGUGGUAUUGUCCACCGUUGACUAGGGUAGCUGGAUUUAACUCAUACUUACUGCAAUUGCCCAUAGCCCCUCCUCCAAUGUCCCUGCUUUCAGAAGGCCGAUACCCCAUUCUGCCACUAUGCCCAGUUUGGUAGGUCCUCCUCUUCAAACCAAUCCACCUCUAUGAAAUAGCAUCCCCCUCAUGCCUGGAGUGAUAGCGUCAGAUUGCCAUGUAUGACACCAACAUGGCAUCAGAAGUAAUUAAGGUUGGAAUUACAUGAAGCAUGCAUAAAGAAUCCAAACUAGGAAUUCAACGUCAAGUUAUCUCUCAUUUCACUUGUGAAGCAGCCAUAUCAUACCCAGAAGGAACUCAACCACACCCCUUUCACAUCCACUUCCCUUGGAGCGUACCUGGGUGGGAUUCUGAGAUUCAGAGCUGCCCAGUCUUGCAUAUUGUCUGAUCGAUUUAUUGUAAAUGUGAUGAUUUCAACCUGAAAAACUACAUGUACCAACUGUUCAGCAUCUACCCAAUUUCUCGUUAAAUACCCUCGGAAAAUUGAAUACAGGUAAUUUUGCUCAAGUUGAAUCUAUUGGGACCAAACAAAUCUGUUCGACUUCAGACAAAUUUGAUUUCGAACACGCGUAUAACAAGUUUUGCAUUAUCUGGUUGAAGAAAUUGCUUGGACUCUGGUAAAUAUUUGACUUACAGAGGGUUGAUUUAUGCAAAUUUACCUGUGUUUCUGUUUCUUGCUCUGUUCUGUGAUUUCUCUUGGGUGGCAUGGGUGUCAUGGAGUUGAAAAAGUAGUGUCUUAUGAUACACAUGUUUAGCAAUUCUAGUGAGAGACUCAUGUUCAAAAUAUAACUACUUAUUUUAGAUAUCAUUUAGGUGAUAUAACAUUUAAGAAGUUGCAUUAUGUAUCCGCUAAAAGAUGGGGGACAAAUAACAUAGUUAUAAAGGUGUAUGACUCUGAUAUUUUUACAGUAACUGGUGUUAUAAUCUUGCUCUGAUGGGGGUCUGUAUACACAGACUAUGUCAUGAGUAAAAGAAUAAUCAUGUUUUCAUUGAUUGAAUAAGUUGGGUUGAGUUGUUUUGUCUCAGUUAACACUGACUUAUGGAACUUGUGAAUUUGAUAAAGAAGAAUUUGAUAGAAUAUUUUUUGUUUUAAUGACACUUUUGACAUUGAGAAAGUGAUAAAUUUGCCUUUGAUGUGACACAGAAGUUAGUAAGGGUAGAAACAGUCUAUGUGAAUUUGCUCGAAACCUCUCAGUUGAAAUAUUUAACUUUGAAGUUUUGAGCAAAAUAACUUAUGUCAUCUUCAUGUAAGAUUAUGUUCCUGUUUUUAUUUCUUUGAUAUUCUUACUCUAAUGAAAUUAUGACCUAAUAAAAUCAGCCUUCAUUUCUAUUUCCCCUGAUGUAUGAAAUAAAAUACUUGUAUGGUCUACUGAGUCUGGUAGCCAUCAUGAAUGUAAUUUGGCCAUAAGGAGAGUCUAUUUUUCCAUGUCCUAUGAAUAUGUAAAACUUUUCUGAAAUCCUAUGAACAAGUUUUUGUUUAAAAAAAAACAAAAACAUAUUUUGGAGUUUACUGUUUCAUAAUUAUUGUCAACCUGUUUUCCUUAAAAAUUAACAUAUACAUAUAGUUUUUAUAGGAACAUUCAUGGUGACUUCAAGAGGCAGGCAUUCAUUUGAAAAUGAUUGCCAGUCACUUUCCUAUGUUUUAAUAUUUUGUGCUGUUACACUAUUACCAGGUGCUACUUCCUUGGCUCUGUUAAGCUUCCAUUCUUGACACUCAACAAUAUUUUUCUUCCUACAUUUAUCCAUUUAUCAGUUAAUGAGACAGUUGAUGAUGUAGUUGAAUGUUUUGUUAAAUGACAAAGUUUCACUGUCACAGCAGGGAUCAAGAACCCUUUUCUCUUUUGUCUUAUAUGUAGCUGUUAAACCAAACUCACAAGUUUGUGUCAAGUAUGGAUAUUUUCUAUCAAUUUUUACCUUUGAUUUGGGGGAAGGUUUUUGAGAUAUUCUCAGAAAUAAUUUUAAAGGUUUUGCAACAUCUCUUUCACAUAGUAUGCCAUUCAAGUAUAAUUUCCAUUCUGUUAGGCAUUCUCAGCCUAACAGGUUGUAUAACAUGGUAUCGUUGUGGCAAGUAGCCUGGCAAAAUAGGAUAGUGUACAUGUGUAAAUAUUGAUGCUAAUCGUAUAGUAAACUUAAUUGUACUGCAGAAUAUUAUAAGUAGGAUGAUGGCAAAAGAUUAUUUACCAUCAAAUAUAUGUAUCAUCUAUAUGUGAAAAUGUAAUAAAAAAUGAAUCCAUGGUAAUGGUAAAAUUUCAU